UCGAUAUAAAUAAUAUUUUGCCACCUCCACCAGCGGUUCAGGUAGCCCCAUGGCCCCAAGCACCAAGCACCGAGUUGAGUGCUAAAAAGUUGAGUUGAUUUCGAAGCGAACGGACGAAGCUCCGCUGAUGACGGAAUCGCGAAGGGCGGAUGAGUGCUGUGCGCGUUUAAUGGUUUUUUCGCCCCGAGAGCCAGCUUCCGCUUUCGUUGAAAGUAUUUGGGGAUUUUAAGCAACCGACCGACGCAGUUUCCGCACGAGGAAAAUGCAUUUCCAGUGAUGAGAGUCACGCGUGUGAUGGGCACGAGAAAAAGUUGAGUGGAGUGAGAAAUAAAAAAAAAAAAAAAAAAGAAGAAAGAAAAAAAAAACGCAAAGCACUCGGAAAUUAGCACCAGCAGCAGACGGAACAAAAUUCAGAUAAAGUGUUAAAAUCAGAAAUGUGCAUUUAGAGAAUCCACGACGCAGAAAGCAGUCACCAAACAUAUUGUUUUUCGCCUUACGGGUUUCUUUCUUUGUUUUGUUUGGUUCGCCUCGUUCGCGUGUGUCUGUCUCUGUCGCUGUCUCUGUCACUGUCACUGUGUGAGUGUUCAAGUGACUGUCUGUGUGUGUUUGUUUGUGGUGGUGUACAAGGACAACAACGAAGGGGGUGGAAAGAGAGCGGACAAAGCGGAGAGGCUGGAGGAGCCAACUGUGGAGCUGCAGCUGAAAGACCAACUCCAGGAUGGACACGUUUCGCAAAUGGCUAAAUAAGCCCAAGGCUGAUGACAAAUCGCUGCUGGCCCGCUUCUUCCACGCGGACCGCUCCCUCACAGCCGUCGCCAGCGAACUGGACAGCUUCGAUGGACGGGCAGAGCCGGACCGGUGCACCCGACUGGUCAGCAAGCUGCGGCUCAACCAGGACAAAGUGCUGGCCAUCACAAACCUGAUCAUGGAGGAGCUGUUGGGCGAGGACCGCGAUCCACGGGCGUUUCGCGCCAAGUUCCCCGAGGAGGUGCUGCAGGAGAACCUCGCCGGCCAGCUGUGGUUCGGCGCCGAGUGCCUGGCGGCGGGCUCCUCGAUCAUGAACCGGGAGGCGGAGAGCAAGGAGAUGCGCCCCCUGGCCCAGGCGGUGACGAAGAGUCUGGGCAAUGUCCGGGUGCUGCUCAGGGACCAGUGCCUGCGGAACAACGUGCCCAACAGCAAGACCCUGCAGCUGGACCUGAACGACUCCACCACCGAGCAGCUGUACGAGAGCCUGAAGAUCUUCGACCGCCUGUUCGCCGAGUUCGAGCUGAGCUAUGUGAGCGCCAUGGUCCAGGUGAAGUCCCGCCACGAGUACGAGAUGCAGCAGUGGAUCGGGGUGCUGUUCUCGGAAACCCUGCAGCGGGCGCUGAAGAUCGGUCUGCUCGACCAGGACAUGGUGGACGCCUUCGAUCCGGGACUGAUGUUCUCCAUUCCGCGCCUGGCCAUCGUGGCCGGGCUGGUGGUGUACGCCAAAGGCCCACUGAACAUGGACAUGCCGGGCGACCAGCUCUCCGAAAUGUUCCGGCCCUUCCGCACAAUCCUGAUCAAGAUCCGGGACCUGCUGCGGAACCUCAACCACGAGGAACUGUACCAGCUGGAGAAGGUCCUCUGCACCAACGAGGACAUCAACGCCAAGGCUCCCCUCGGCUCCAGCAGCAUCGAAGCGCCCAGUCCGGAGCACAGCUCCCACCACCCCACGACCAGUAGCAACAACAACAACAAUAAUGGAGAUACCACGGGCACGACCAAUACGCACAGGACGGUGGAGCGGCUGGUGGAUCAGCGCAACAACAACAACAACAACAACACUAGCAGUGCUCCCGCGUUGGACAAAGCUGCGAAUCGUUCUCCGUCCAUGUUGUCGCUGUCGCCGAAUAGCACGCCCACCGCGUCCCCCGCCCCCUCGCCAACGCCCUCGCACUCGAUCGCCUCCACCUCGUCGUCGGCCACGGGCUCCACUCACCCACCGGCGGACUGGAGCGACGGCGACGACGAGGACGAGGAGGACGAUGACGACGACAUUGAGGUGGAGGAGGAGGAAUUGGACAGCACCGACGACGAAACUGACGAGGAGCAGCUGCUGAAGGACAUUGUGGCGGCAGACUGCGCCUCCGGCUACCUCAUUCCCAACACGAAUCUGGGCAACCUGCUGCAGCCCCAGGAAGUUCCUCUCACUGACAACUUCGUGGCCAGCGAAGAUGACGAGUACGGAGCGGGGGAGCAGCAGCGCCAGCGCCAUCGCGAUGGCCAGGAAGACGAGCCCAGCACCAGUGCCGCCAUGCUGGCAGCCAGCCGCACCCUGCAGCGGCUCCGCCUGCCCAGCAGCGAUGCUGAACCACUGGCGGAGCAAUCGACAAUCAAGACUCCCGAACAGGAGCAGGACCAGCCACACCAAUCGGUUUACCGGCACCGACACAGUCACAGACAUCACCAUCGUCACCAUCACCACCACCACCAGCGCCACCACCACCAUCAGCACCAGCAGCCGCCGCAACCGCAUCCGCAUCGCACAACCCGCAGUGGACGCAAGCGCUGCAGCCUAGAUUCCACGGAGUCGGAAGCAACCCAGCCGGAGAGGGAUCGGGAGCCAAGCCAGGCCAGCGGCGACACUAGUGCCGCCUCCUCGCUGUCGGACGACGUGUCGCUGGCCAUGCGAAACACCACGGCACGCCUCAAGUUCAAGAGCACUGAGAACUUGCUGCACCGCCUGUUCGUCUGCAUUGCCGGAGUCGCCGACCAGCUGCAGACGAACUUCGCCUCCGAUCUGCGCCAAAUCCUGCGCAGUGUAUUCCUCAUGAACAUGUCGUCCGCCCAAGAGGAGAUUGACAUACCGGAAAAGACAAAGGAGUCGGAGCUGUUCGAGUUCCGGGCCUCAGAAAACGAUGUGAUACAGGAGAGCGCUGGCUCCAACCAAAGCAUUUACUCAGCGGAGGAGGUCAAUCCCGAGCUGGACAAUGUGUUCAGCGCCGGCAGCGGAGGUGGUAGCCCAGGCAACGGCAACCAGGCCAACGCCAGUGCCCAACGUCAUUCCGCCGGCGGCAGUAUACAGCGAAACAACACGGUUGACGACGGAAGCCCAACUGGUGGCGGCGCCUUGCUGGCCACCAGUCGAUCGCAUGUGAUGCGCAGCCGGAGUCUUGGGGAUCAGGAGUCGGCCAGCACAUCAACAAGCAGCUCCCAGCUGCACCAGGAGCAGCAGCAGCUGCAGAUUCAAGUGCAGCGUCAGCGCAACAAUUCCGUGGGCAGCAACACGCCCUCCAGCGCCUCCUCCACCAGCUCCAGCUCCGAACAGAACUCCCCUGUGAGCGCCAGGAGCGGGAGCCGGCGGCGGCUGCAGAGCAACAACGAAACCCAGAUGCCUUCAUCAGCAACAGUGACCACAACGGCGACAGCUACGCUUGCCCCGCCAGCCUGGAUUCCGGAUGGCAAGGCACCGCGCUGCAUGUCCUGCCAGACGCCCUUCACUGCCUUCCGGCGGCGCCACCACUGCCGCAACUGCGGUGGCGUUUUCUGCGGAGUCUGCUCGAACGCCUCCGCCCCGUUGCCAAAGUACGGGCUGACCAAGGCGGUUCGCGUCUGCCGCGAGUGCUAUGUGCGCGAGGUGCGCUCCGGGAUGAGUGUCCAGGGCGUGCCGAGCGUGCAGGAGCGUCUGACGGCGACCGCCUCUUAGGACUGGCCUAUGGCGCUAGCCGGCGCAGCUGUUGACCAAAUAUGUGGCAGACCCGGAGGAGAUAAGGGGGGAAAAGCAAACUGUGAACCGCAACUGUUCUGCAAGCAUUGUCUUUUUAUUUUACACGUAGUCCCACUCCCGCACAGAGGACCCCCAUCCAGACCAUAUAUAUUUCUUGAAUAUAUAAGCCUAGUUUUGUA